CACUCUCUCUCUUACACACACUCACACACACACACACUCUCUCUCUCUCUCUCACACACACACACGACGACCAACAUAAUUCAAGUUUCUUCUCUUGGGUGUCAGUGCUGUGUGUGUGUGUGUGUGUGUGUGUGUGUGUGUUCGGCAUCUACAUCUCCUCAGUGAUUUGAUGAGUGUGCACAAUAUACUGACACUGUGAUGGGGAAGAGAUGAACUGCAGACUCUGCAUCAGGGUUAUCUCUGCUCGGUGUGGAUGUUGUCUGUGUUUUGCAGCCAGAUAUCGUAAAGACUAACACACUGACUGACUCUCACAUCUAUAACACUCUACUCUAUUUUCACUGGAUUUUCUGCAGAAUAUCUUCCUUUGUGUUGGACAGAAGAAAGAAGCUCAUGAACGCCCUUGAGGACGAGUAAUCACGCAACAGUAGUGAACUCCACAUUCAACACUGGGCGGUGCUGUUGCAAUACGCCUAUACACUGCUUUAUGCGUGUGGUUUGACAGAACACAACACUUCCCAGCAUGCUCUUCGCAACAAUGACUACAUCUCCCAGCAGCCCCGUGCCAAUACUUCCUCAGCGCGGGCAAGUUUUGCGAGUUUCUCGUCAUAAGUUUGAUUAGCUCGAGGUUAUUAAUCUUCCUGUCAUCAACAGUGUGAUUAGCGCGGGUUUCUUUAUUUCCGUCUCGUCAUAAGUUUGAUUAGCGCGACUCUGAUCGCGUAAAGAAGCGGAAGUGGAGUUAGCGUUAGUGGAUGUGUUAAUUCCGCUUCCAGAGCCGCCAGAAUGACCGAAGCAUCUGCAGGAGAGCAGCGGCCGCCGGGCUUUCUGGAGCGGCUGCGCGCGAGCACUGGAGGCGUGAUUGCGGGCGCGUGCCUGUUCGCGCUCUCGCUGUAUGUGCUGUUCACCAACGAGGGGCGUGCUCUGCGCAUCGCCGCGGCUCUGGAUGAGGGUCUCUCCCAGCUGGUGUGUGUGCAGUCGGAUGCGCAGCCAGAGCUCAGGAAUGAUGGACGGCUGGUUCACCUGAGUGGAGAUCUGCGCACCGCACAGCCGCUGCAUGACCCCAACUACAGUGUGUCUGUGCAUGCAGUGAAGCUGCAGAGGCAGGUGGAGAUGUACCAAUGGGUGGAGUACAGCGACAGCAGGACCGUUGAGGAGAACGGAGAGAAGAAAACAGAAACCACAUACUCAUACAACACUGAGUGGAGGUCAGAGGUCAUCAGCAGCAGGCACUUUGACCAGGAGGUUGGACACAUGAACCCCAG